AUGACGCGCGAAUGGCCACCGUACCCUCCCCCGCGCGAAACCGAUUUGGACAAAGCGGCGCGCAUCGGGGAGGAGCGUGAAGCGAAGAAGAUCAGGUAUGCACCUCGUGCCCACCUUCGGUUUGCACCGAAAGCCUUCCAUGCUGAGAUUGACGCGUGGCGCGCAGUCAUUCAGCUCAAUCUCGUCCGCUCCGUCAACGUCGUCGUCGGGCUCCUCGCGCGCGCAUGUCCCAAUAAGAUCGCCACUAUAGCCAUCUCCGUCUCGCCGGACUACCCGCGCCCAAAGGUCGACCUCCGCUGGCUCAAGAUGCGACUCGCCCCGUUGCGCCAGGUCGAGCUCAUUCUCAACCGCGUCCUAGGCGUGCAAGACCCCGUCGUGGACGACGAUGCGGAACGUGAGUGGGAUAGCGACCGCCUCUCCGAGGUGGCACUACGCUCGCGCACCGCGUGGCGGAUGCUCACGCAUUCCGGAAAGGAGCGCCCGGCGAGCCGCUUUUGGGAUGACUUGCUCGACGCGCAGCGCAUCCUAGACGCGUGCCGUGAGGACGUUGUCCAGAUGUGUGUGGAUCCGCUCGUCCAGGCUCUGUUAGCGGAGCAUGGAAUUGCGCUGACAGAUGAGCCCGGCUUCUUCUUCCAUGACGCUGACCGCAUAGCAGCGAUCGCAUAUGAGCCAACGUCAGAGGAUAUUCUCCGCGCACGAAUACGUACCAUCGGCGUCGAAGAACACCGGCUGGUUAUGGAGUCGCGCGUACGUUUCGCCGACCAUGUGGAGCAGUACGGCGACCAGCCAAACGAGUUCGAGAGCGUGACGAAGUACAUCACGAAAGUCAUGGUGGCAAUCCACAAGGACCUCUCGCCCAAAAAGCGCAAGGUGCAUGUACACACGACCUGCGCUAUCGACACGGACAUGAUGUCGGUCGUGCUCGAAAGUAUCAGAGAUGUCAUCCUCCUCAAUACAUUAGAGGAGACCCAGCUCAUCGUCUGA